AUGGCUGACGAAUUUACCGCCGUCAUCGGUGAGAUGAUCAAAACUCCUCCAGACCCAAAUGAGCCUGUGCCACUGGCGAACCAGAAAGGCACAAUGUUCGGCGUCACAAUACCAUUCCAUGUACUUUGCUGGAUUUUCGUUGCCUUUCGUUUGCACACACGUCUGCGGAUUGUUCGCGAACCUGGCCUUGAUGAUCUCUUCGUAGUCCUGGCGGCUGCAUUCAACUUAGUAUCACUUGUAACCUUUCUCUACGGUACCAAGUAUGGCCUGGGCCACCAUCUUAUAUACUCCUUCAGUGUACUACAGCCAACCAUGAUUUGGCUUUACAUCACCAAUGCCGCAUAUCACACAACCACCGCUUUCAUCAAGAUCUCGCUACUGUUGCAGUAUCUAAGGCUGUUUCGUGAAGGCACUCGUCGUACAGUCUCUAUCGUACUGCUUGCGCUGGUUGUAAUAUGGGGCUUGACAUUCUCCUUCAUGGCGUGGGUACCAUGCUUUCCUGUCUCCGGGUUUUGGGACAGGAGCAACGGUGCCAAAUGCUACGGCUUCGGGUAUCGCACCGUCAACGAGGCGAAAUACUCGGUACUUUCUUUUGCUGCGACGAACAUGUUGUUUGAUAUUGCAAUCUUUCUUGUUCCGCUCACGGAAUACUUCAGGCCAAACCUGAGACGAAAACAGGUUCUCGCCAUGACUGGGUUAUUCGCUCUUGGUUCCAUCGUCGUACUCAUGGCUAUCCUCCGUCUCUGGAGCACCUUCAAGCAUAGUCAAAGCAAAACCCAAAGCUUCGAUUUUACCUGGUGGUACCCCGAAGUCCUGAUCAUCUCCUGCCUCGAAAUCGAUUUCGCUAUAAUGUGCGCAAGCAUGCCCAUCUUCUGGCCUACCGUCAUCGCAAACUGGAAUCACAUCUUUGUCACAAACGAAGUCCGCGUUACACACCACCAACGCCUCGCCGACGACAGUCGAGAUAAUUUCGAAUUAGUUAGGAAUACGUCAUUGAAGAGCGUAGGAAGCGUGGAAGGAUUGGCAAGGGCGAGUGAGGAACAACAAGCGGUUUACAACGGAUUCGACCCGGAGACGGGUAAAGAUGGACGGUUUGCUAUCAUGCAAGUAGAAGUACAACCGCAUGCACAGGAAUCGCGGAGACUCUGA